AUGCUUCGUUCUUCCACCAAAUUGGCUUCUCUUAGAAGAUCAUCUCAAGGUGUUUUUAAGAGUCAAAGACGUUUGAUUGGUGAAUCUUCUAAAGAUACUUCCAGUGUACUUUUACAACCUAAAGGUAAACCUCCAGUGAUCCGUGAAGCUGUACCAGUUUCUCCUGGUCCUCAACAACCACCCAAGAUCAAGAAAAAGUUUCUGUUUCCUGGGUUUUUAUUCAAGACUUUCUUAGCUACCAGUGUAUUAUAUGGUGGAGUAUUAUAUGCUGCCACUAAGAAUGAAACGGUGAUGGAUUUUGUAAUUGAACAUGAUUUACCACUUUAUGAAGGAUUAUUGGAUGUUAUUGAACAUGGGUCUUUUGAUGAAUUGAAAAAGCGUAUGGAUUCUGUUAGAAGUAAGAUUAUCUUACCUUCUAAAGAAGAAAUUACCAAAUUAACUGCUGAAUUGGAAGAAAGAAGUGAAGAAUUCCUUCAUGAAACAAGAAAAUUGGCUGAAAAAACUCAACAAAAGUUCCAUCAUACAACCCCUGCUGAACAAUUACAGAAAAACCCGGAAUUUGAAAGUGUGGUUAAGGAAUAUCAACAUAUCCCAUUGAUUAAAGUCAAUGAUAAACUCGAUGAUAGCUUAAAAUCAACCAUUGAAUCGUUUAACAACUUACUUAGAACAAUCAAUGUCCCUAAAGGACCUUUAAACGAUUCCUUAUUGAAAAGUAUCAAUGAAAGUGUUGCCCAAUUAACAGUGAGACUUGAUGAUUUGACAAACAAUUUCAAUGAAGCCGUUGAAAAACAAGUUAAGGAAACUCAAACUGAAUAUUUAAGAUCUUCAACUGCUAAAGAAUUGGAAUUAACCGAAACCUUAUUGGGUCAAUUCAAAAAUGAACGUUUACAAUUGGAAAAGAAAUUGAAUGAACGUAUGACAAAGGAAGUAGAAGCCACAAGAGAAGCUAUUUCUCAAGCUGCUGCGAAUGCAGUUGCCAUGGUUAGAAUUGAAGAUGCCAAAAAAUUUGAAUCAAUGGUUAAGGAUAAAAUUGAUACCGAACGUAAUGGAAGAUUAGCAAAUUUAGAUAAGAUUAACACUCGUUUGGAAGAAUUGGAACAAUAUGCUUUGUCAAUUGAAGAACAAUUAUCAUCUAAUAAUCAAAAAGUUCUCAUUCAUCAAAGCAUUGUUAAGUUGAAAACGGUUUUAAAAACUGAUACUGAUCCUUCUGAAAAACCCAAACUUGUCAAACCUUAUCUUGACGACUUAGCUAAAGUUGCUGCUGGUGCCGAUGAUCAAGUGAUUGAUUUGACUUUGAAGGAAUUGUAUCCAUUGCUUUCAAAGGAAUCCAAUCAAACUAUUCUUACUACGCCACAAUUGUUAACUCGUUGGCAACAAUUGAGUGGAGAAUUACGUUCUGCCUCGUUGUUACCUCCUAAUGCUGGGUUAUUAGGACAUUUGGCUUCGGUUUUAUUUUCCAAGCUCUUAGUUCCUGUUUCUGGUAAUAAACCCGAUGGUAAAGAUAUUGAAAGUGUUAUUGCCCGUGUGGAAGACAGUUUGGCACGUGACCACUUGGAUGAAGCUGUGGAAGAUGUAGCCAACUUGAAGGGUUGGACCCGAAAAUUGGCAGACGACUGGGUCGUUGAAGCACGUAAGAGACUUGAAAUCGAGUUCCUUGUUGAUGUCAUCGAUGCCGAAUCACGCAUAUUGUAG